GGAGGCCUCACAGUAGAAGGUUCGCUUACCGUGCCAGUGGUGGGGGGAUUGGAAGGCGAGGAAACACCCAGCAGGCCCAGGCGAGCUCCAGACAGGCAGCCAUGGGGAACGUCGUGGCUCGCGAGGACUUCGAGUGGGUCUAUACCGACCAGCCUCACGCCGAGCGGCGCAAGGAGAUCCUGAGUAAACAUCCAGAGAUAAAAGCCUUGAUGAAACCAAACUACAACUUGGUCUGGAUAGUAGUGCUGAUGAUUUUUGUACAGCUAGUUACCUUUUAUCUAGUUAAAGACUUGGAUUGGAAAUGGGUUCUUUUUUGGUCGUAUACAUUUCACAGUUGUAUCAGUCACUCUAUGACUCUAGCUAUUCAUGAAAUUUCUCACAAUAGUGCCUUUGGCAAUUGUAAACCUCUGUGGAAUCGGUGGUUUGGAAUGUUUGCAAAUCUCCCUCUUGGCUUCCCAUAUUCAGUGUCCUUCAAGCGAUACCACAUGGAUCAUCAUCGUUAUCUUGGUGGUGAUGGAAUUGAUGUGGACAUACCUACUAACUUUGAAGGGUGGUUUUUCUGUACCCGUUUUAGAAAGUUCAUUUGGAUUAUUCUUCAGCCAUUAUUUUAUGCCAUUCGACCUCUCUCUAUAAAUCCCAAACCAGUCUCCCGACUUGAAAUUAUCAACCUGUUUGUUCAGCUCCUUUUUGAUGUUACAAUAUAUCUUGUUUUCGGAGUAAAAUCGCUCUCGUACAUGCUUGUUGGAUCAGUGCUUGGCAUGGGUGUGCAUCCUAUUUCAGGACACUUCAUAGCUGAACAUUACAUGUUCUUAAAGGGAUAUGAAACAUAUUCCUACUAUGGACCACUUAAUAUGCUUACAUUCAAUGUUGGGUACCAUAAUGAACAUCAUGACUUUCCAAAUGUUCCUGGAAAGCACCUUCCAGUGCUAAAGAAAAUGGCCUCUGAAUACUAUGACAACCUGCCACAGUAUAAAUCCUGGAUAAAAGUACUUUAUGAUUUUGUGAUGGAUGAUACUAUCAGCCCCUACUCACGUGUGAAAAGACCCUUAAAGGGUCAAGUUAAUCAGGAAUGAACUUGCUUAAAAAAACUUCUACAAAUACCAAGAAUAUAGCCUCAUGGAAGUUGACACAAUGUAUCACUCAAUAAAGAUGUCUUUUUUGGUAUCUUGAUCUAUUUCUGAAAAAUACACUGGUACAUUCUAGAACAAAAGCACUAAACAAUUAAAAUAGAGCAUUCCUUACAGUUGUCCUGCCUCUACUGGUAUAGUUGAAAUAGCUUAAAAUAUCAGUGUUGUGUGCAUAAUGUUAGUAUUAAUGUUACAUAAUGUGUUAGUAGCAGUUCUGUUUAUUUUUUUAAAACCUUUUAUCCCAUAAGAAGCAUAUGUACUUGUUGACCUUUAUUUACUACUUGUGGGGACCCUUUAAAUAGGUCAUGAAACUGGAUGUUUUGCUAACAGAGCUGCAAUUUAAGCUGCAAAUGUUUUAAAUAGUUAAACAGAAUGCCUUGCUGCAAUUUCUCAGUUUGGUUAAUUCAAGUUCUGAUGUAAUGGAAAAUUGUUACUAAUUAUUGCUGUUGCAGUAAAAAAGGAGUAGUUCCUAUUGGAAGUAUUAUAGUAUUUCUGUAAUUGUAGAACAUAAACCUGUCAAGCUAUUUGGUAUAAAUCACUAGCUCCAAAUUCAAAUUCACAUCCAAAGCAACAGGACUAUCUUCAGGAAAAAAAUUCACCUUUUUCAGGGUGGUGUGGGGAUGUUCGUAAGUGCUAAAGAAAGAUCACUGUAUAGCUGCAUAAUGUGAGGCCAGCUUGCAAGCUGGUUGACCUGUUGAAGAAAUGUGUGGUAGCAUUCAGUUUCACUGUUCUAAUGCUUUAUGCUUUUUUUUGUGGCUGGGUAAGAGAGCUGAGUAAACAAAAUGGGCAUCAAAUUUAUCAACGUCAGCAGUGAGGAUGUCAAGUACCUACUUUCUGAAAAAAAGCACAUAAAUAAAGAUGUUUAUUUAAAAAUA